AUGUUCUGGUUUCGGGCCUCCUCGGCCAACGUUCUUCUGGCACUUCUCGUGAGAGGAGUUUGGUGUGCUCCGCCCAACAUCUCGGACGCAGGCAUUUGGAACGUGUCUUUUCUGGAUGCCCGGGGCGAGGAGAAUACUAUCAGCCUCAGAAUGGCCGGUGGCUUGGAGUGGUGCUCGAAAAGUGGCUGCCGCCGCCCAUCUUCCCUCCAAUUCGAUUUCAACAACUCGAUGUCGAUCAAAGGCUGUGAGUACCGACUCAUCGGACGACUAGCCGCCAACGCUUCUUCCACACCGAAGCCUGCAACAUCUCCGGGUGCCUACACGGUGCCGCCAACACUAGCUGCCUCACUGCACGUGCCUCCUCAUCCCUUCUUGCGGAGUGGCUUCCGCUUGCCGCCCAUUCAGAGGCGACUAGAGGCCGCCGUGAUCGGUGCGAGCAUCGGGUCGUCUUCUCCUGCGGAGCAGCGCGCCAAAGCAAGGGAGGUGCUGACUAUGGCCCAGCAGGCGAAGCUUCCGGUUUCCGGUUCUGCGCUGGACGAGCUCAGGCCCCUCGAGGCGAAGGCACUCAACGAAAGCAGCAAGGACGAAGGGCGGAUGUUCCCGGUGCCGCUGCAGCUGGUUGGAGAUGUGGUCAUUGUGUUAAAUUGGAGCAACGCCUCCAAAGUUCCCUGUUUGACCAUUGUGGAGAAACCCCAGGACUGCAGCAGCUGCGCCUUCGGCCCUGUCAGCUGCAUCCCUGUCCAUCUUCAAGCAGCAGAACAAGCGCGACCAGAUACACGGCUCCUCUCCUACAGCCUGAAGCGUCCUGACUGGCUCCUGGCAAAAGACGCGUCCGACCAGGACCUGUCCCGACAGCGCCAUUCUGUGUGCAUACGGGAAGUGGGCGACGAUGAAGAUGCGGUUCCGACACUUCGCUUGCUGGGCCCAUUGUCCUACUACCGCCUGCCGCAGCUGACCUUUCUGAAGGGCUUCCUCAUCGUGGGCGUGCGGACCUUCAUCAACCCUGGCUGGUCCGAAGAAAUCAACUUGAAGUGCACCAACUGCUCCUCUGUUAGCCAGGUGGUCAUCCGGCCCAUCAACUUUGACCCAAUGUGCCGCAGUGUCUCACAACAAAUGGCAGCUGCGUUGACGGUGGCGGUUCGAGCCGGUGAGGUUGGUUCGAACAUUGACCUGUCCGAUCUGCGAAGUGCGCGGAUGGAGGAUGUGGUGCUCCACGGCAAUGUUGCCGGCAUUAACUGCCCUCUUCCGGCAGCAAGCCCCUGUGGUGGCUACGCUGAGGGAGCCUUUGCAGUUGGCGAAGUCAAGGCCUCGUCUUUCGAUGACGAGCAUGUCACCUACGUGCUGCAGAGCUCGCGAAGGCUUUCCGGGCACGAGAAGCAGGUCUUCUUCCACCACAGAAGUGCGAUCUGCCUGUAUCCAGGAGGGCCGUCGUCCCACGGCUUCCUCGUGGGUUUCGCAGUAGUGCACAUGAAUGUCCUGGACAUGCAGGCCUUCAUUGGCUUCGUUUGCUUCUUCGGGGUAGCGCUCCCUUUGAUCUGCUUGGUAACGGCUUUGCUGCAUUACAACAAGUACGAGAGGUGCAAGCAUCAUGUGAGACACCUGCGUUUGGAGUAUCAGCGCGAACAGCUCGAGCGGGAGCUCGCCACAGGGAACGAGGAGGAAGCCGAUGUCAGUACACGCAGCCAGCGAAGUGGCCACGCGUCAUCGAGCAGCAGAGAUGCCCAUGCAGGUGCUGCUCGUGGUGCCCUGGAAGAGAGCAGCUACCAGCCUUUGGCUGGCGAGCCUGCCGCAACGAGCUCGGCAUUCCUGCGGCCAUCCUGA